GGAAAGCUUGGACAGAGACAAGAAGAGACUGAGAAGCUGAGAAGAGUGGCCAAACAGGAUACUACUGAAUUCCAUUCAACGUGGAAAAUAUGGAGCUGCCACCUCGACCAAAACUCUUUGACUUCCAUGGAGUCUCCAUGACCCAUUAUUUCACUGACAACUGGGAGAACAUACAAAACUUCCAGGCCAGACCAGAUGAUAUCCUCAUCGCCACUUACCCCAAAGCAGGUACCACGUGGGUCUCCUACAUUCUAGACCUGCUGCAUUUUGGUCAGACAGCCCCUGAGCGUCAGACUUCACUGCCUAUCUAUGAGAGAGUGCCUUUCCUUGAGAGUGACUUCCAUAUUCUCCCUCCAGGAACGGAGCUGGCAGACAAGUUAUCCACCUCUCCUCGCCUCAUCAAGACUCACCUCCCAGUCCAGUUGGUGCCCAAGUCCUUCUGGGAGCAGAACUGCAGGGUUGUGUAUGUGGCCCGUAAUGCCAAGGACAAUGCAGUGUCUUAUUUCCACUUUGACCGCAUGAACCAGGCCGACCCAGAGCCAGGAGACUGGAACAACUUCUUACAGAGAUUCAUAGAUGGAAAGAUGGUGUUUGGUCCUUGGCACGACCAUGUGACUGGCUGGUGGGAGAGGAAACAGACUCACUCUAAACUCCACUACCUUUUCUAUGAGGAUAUGGUUGAGGAUACGGGGAGAGAGCUGGACAGGCUGUGCUCCUUCCUAGGUUUGUCUCCUUCAGCAGAGGAGAAGGAGAGGGUGAGAGGAGGAGUGCAGUUUGACAACAUGAAGAAGAACAACAUGGCCAACUACUCCACCGUCUCAAUCAUGGAUUUCAAGAUCUCUCCAUUCAUGCGAAAAGGAAAGGUUGGUGACUGGAAGAACCAUUUCACUGUGGCCCAGAGUGAGCAGUUUGAUGAAGACUAUAAGAAGAAGAUGAAAAACACCACCGUACAGUUCCGCACUGUAGUCUAGGGGAUGUGGUCAGGUUGAUUGUUUGAUUGUUUCUGGUCAGGUUGAUUGAUUGUUUAUUUUAGCACAUAUGGACCUACGAUAGCCUCGGCUGGGUUGUCAGGCUUCCAUUGGUCCACAGUUAACUGGGUCAUGGUGCUGAAAUAUACAGGGUGAGGAUCAUAUUGUAUUAUAUCCUAGAGUGUGAAUGAGAAAGAUCAUGAAGUGUCAUAUAAUAAAACAUUUGAGAAUGAUUGAUGCUACUUUGAGAUAUGAGCUAGAGUCAAAUGAGGACAUGCUGCACAGUACCUUCUUAUGAAUGUGAGCUAUUUGUAAAUCCUCUUGCCUGGUCUGUUUUUCAGUGUCUGAGAAAAAAACAGUGAGAGUCGAUACAGUAAUAAAUAUGUGAAUGGAGAAGAACAUUAUUAAGCAUCCAGCAUUGUUUUAUGCAGUUUCAAAAAUAUAUAUACUUUGAAACUAUGUAACAAUUCUUACUCUUAUAGUGUAUACAGUAUGACUAAAUGUAAUACAUUGACGUUCAUGUACUUGUAUUUAAAUUAAUAUGAAAUGUCUCUAUGACCCAAAGCAGUUAGAGAGCCAGUAAUUUGCACAUACACACACUCACCCUCCACUUUUCACAGCUGUCUCAGCUGCAUGUUCACUAUGCCUGUGAAAAGCAUAACACCUGCACUGUAAAAAGUGGGAUGGUGCUGUUGUUUAUCUGAAGUGCUUCUACUGAUUGGAAUUAUAGAAAAUUACACUUUGGUUCUUCCAACCUAUUUUAUUCAAUUUGGCUGAAAUCAAUUAACAUUUUUUUUUAGAUCAGUGUGAUUUUUUAAAUAUAAUGAAAGCUUCUAAAUUGCUUUCAACACCUCAUGCGCAUGCACAUUGUGUAGCGGUAGGGGCAAUGUAGUGGUGGCAGCUUAUCAGAAGAGUUGGAGGCGUGGCUUAUUGGGGGCUUUUUUUUUUGUGAGAGUGAAUGUCAUUCCUGUUAAUGUGGUCUAUUGUGUUUGAUAUUAAAUGUUAAACUUGUA